AUGGCGACCGGCAGGGCAGAGCCGGACUUGCCCCCGCCCCGCUUGCGGGAGGAGGCGGGGAAGUGGCUGCGCCCGCCUCGGCCGCCGCGCCGCGGUGAGUCAGGCUCCGGCUGCAGCCGCGCGGCCCGGCCGGCGCUGCGGAGCGAACGCAGGCAGCGGGGAGGCAGCGCCGCCAGCCCCGCACCCUCCCUGCCCCCCGCCCCGCGCUCUCCGCGCACCGAGGCUGGGACGCUGGGACGCGGAGCGGCGGGACACACGGCGGCCCGCGGGACGGCGGAAGGACGCGCGGACAGAGCCCCGGGGUCGGAGCCGCCGGCCCAGGAGUCGCCCGCCCAGGGCCCCGGCCAGUGCCCAGCCCCGCUGGGAGCCCCGGCCAGCACCACGGACGGCGCCCCGGAAGCCCGAGUGCCCCUGGACGGGGCCUUCUGGAUCCCCAGGCCCCCCGCAGGCUCGCCCAAGGGCUGCUUCGCCUGCGUGUCCAAGCCCCCCGCCCUGCAGGCGCCGGCGGCCCCGGCCCCUGAGCCCUCGGCCUCGCCCCCCAUGGCGCCCACGCUGUUCCCCAUGGAGUCCAAGAGCGGCAAGACGGACAGCGUGCGGGCCGGCGGCGCCCCGCCCGUCUGCAAGCACCUUGCGGAGAAGAAGACGAUGACCAACCCCACGACGGUCAUCGAGGUGUACCCCGACACCAGCGAGGUGAACGACUACUACCUGUGGUCCAUCUUCAACUUCGUCUACCUCAACUUCUGUUGCCUGGGCUUCAUUGCUUUGGCCUACUCCCUCAAGGUUCGGGACAAGAAGCUUCUCAACGACCUGAAUGGCGCGGUGGAGGACGCCAAGACAGCCCGGCUGUUCAACAUCACCAGCUCCGCGCUGGCCGCCUCCUGCAUCAUCCUGGUCUUCAUCUUCCUGCGGUACCCGCUCACCGACUACUGA